AUGAUCGUAAAAUUACGAAUAUCGCGACAUGUGAAGAAGCGUAUUUCCGAUCCAACGUUUGCGGGCACGGGAGAGCUAUACGGUACCAUAUGUGAUGGAGUUCCGACGGUAAUUGGAUUUGCGCGGGUACUAAGAGAGACGAAUGAAUCGACCGGCAAUAAUGUGCAGGACGAUAUGCCUGCCCCAAUUCAGCGUAGUCUCCCGAGCGGUCUUGAUCUUAUCGGUUGGGUAAAAACAGGCCCAUACGUAGAUCCAACCGAUUUUCUGCUGAAAUCGGGCCCGGAUGCGUUUGUGACGGAUAAUCCAGUCUACUUACACUACACCGGUGAAACUGAAGCGGAGCUGCAGACGUUCAUCUUUGAGCAGCGGAAACUUCAGUCGGUAGAAUGCGUCACUUUUGACGAUGAGUUUCUUUACCGGGAAUACUAUCUGCUUCGCCUGCAGUGUACGCUAACGUUGGUGUGCGAGCAGACAGAAAAAUCGGUGUGUGAAAAUGCAUUCCGUUUGCGCAAGCAGCUCGGUUCGGGCAGCGUGGCGUUUACCGUACCGACAGCCCCGGGUGUAAUGUUGAGCGACUACGCUGUGACGGGUAUCGAUAAGGAGGAAAAUGUAGAAAUGUUGUACGCGAUGGCAACUGCUCCGAAACCGGAACACGAUGACGGUUUCGGUGUGGCAGGUGGUGGUCGUGUAAAAGCGAAGAAACCUCAGAUUAGUUCCAAACCACCAACUGGAUACCGUGUAAUUGAUUUCGGACUGUUGAUUAAAAAAUCAAAGGACGAACUGGAUGAAAAGCUUCGCCGGGAGGCGUGCAACGUGACGAUCGAUCGGCGUAAUGAUGGCCAAACAGUGAAGGUACCGUUCCAGGUCGAUUGUCUAAGUAUGGUACACCGGACGAAGAAGCUGGACAAAUGUUUCGACAACAUGGUGGAGAGUGUUGACUGUUCGUUGGGUUUGAUUGAGGCCGCAUUGCUGGAACAGCUACGGUACCAGCAACGAUUGUACGUGUCAAAGUGCUACCACAUGCUGCCCAAGGAGCUGGGACAUUUUGUGACCUGCGUGUAUCCGCUCGGUGGCGAGGUGAACGAAUCCGAUUCGUUUUUGGAACGACAACGUGCAAACAUGCACAAACAAUUUUUGUUAAAACUGAACCUACCCUAUUUCCGCAAGGGAAACGCGUACCAAUUUCAAGCAGGCAAAAUUUUGACCAAUCCCCAUGAAACGCUUAGCGCGCCACAUCCCGACGGGCGAACAGCGCUAGUGGCUGGCGUUUACACCUAUCACCAUUACCUGCAGGAUGACUUCGAUGAUAAGGGCUGGGGAUGUGCGUACCGAUCCCUGCAAACGCUUGUCUCGUGGUUUUAUCUGCAAGGCUAUAGCUCAGGAACGAUUCCUACUCACAACGACAUACAGUCGUGCCUGGUGCGCGUCGGCGACAAGCAGCGAAAUUUUAUCGGUUCGCGCCAGUGGAUUGGUUCGACCGAAGUGUCAAUCUGUCUGAACGAUAUGCUCGGUAUCGAUUCGCGCAUCAUGUUCGUCACGCACGGCAGUGAGCUGGCGUCGCGCGGUAUGGAACUACUACAACAUUUCCAGCAGGAGGGUACACCGAUAAUGAUCGGUGGCGGUGUACUGGCCCAUACCAUACUGGGUGUGUCGAUGAAUGCUGAGCUGGGCGAGACAAAAUUUUUGAUUUUAGAUCCACACUACACCGGGACGGAUGAGCUGGGGCCGGUGCUUGGAAAAGGGUGGUGCGGAUGGAAGGGUGAAGACUUUUGGGACAAAAGCUCACACUACAACCUAUGCAUGCCAAUACGACCGAAACGAUUGUAA